UCUGAAUAAGAGCAGCAUUCGGCAAGUGAUCAUUUCCGGCUUUGCAUACGGAAAGGGAUGAUGAGCUCUGCCUUGAAAAAGCUAGAGGGCAAAGUAGCCAUCGUAACCGGCGGCGCGAGUGGCAUGGGCGAGGAAACCGUCCGAUGCUUCUCCAGUCACGGUGCGAAAGUCGUGAUUGCUGACAUCCAGGAUGAGAAAGGCCGAGACCUCGUGGAAUCGAUCGGCUCCCACUCCUGCACCUACGUUCGCUGCGAUGUCACGGACGAGCAACAGGUGAUGUCCUUAGUACAGUCGACCCUUCAAUUGUAUGGUAAGCUGGACAUCAUGUUCAGCAAUGCGGGAGUGUUCAGUUCUGUCAAACAAGACAUUCUCGAUUUCGACGUGUCGGCCUUCGAGCGCCUUUUUGCCGUUAACGUCAAAGGCAUGGCGUUGUGCGUGAAGCACGGGGCCCGUGCGAUGGUCGAUAAGGACACAGGGGGAAGCAUAAUUUGCACGGCGAGCGUCGUGGCGACCACUGGGAGCAACGAGUACAUGGACUACACCAUGUCUAAGCAUGCGGUGCUGGGCUUGGUGAGGUCGGCGAGCAAGCAACUCGGAGCGCACGGCAUACGCGUGAACUGCGUGUCUCCAGGAGGGGUCGCGACACCAAUGGUAUCCAACUACCUCGGCCGGAGCAAAGAGGAAAUCGAGAGGCUGUUAGAGCCGACCUCGAGCUUGAAAGGGGUUUUGAAAGCGAAGCACGUGGCCGAUGCCGUGGUGUUUCUUGCUUCUGAGGAUUCCGAAUUUGUGACCGGCCACAACCUCGUCAUCGAUGGAGGGUUUAAGACGCAGUAGCCGGCUCCUGCAUCCGAGUUUCUAUGGAUGCUAUAUUUUCUGCUUU